UUCUAUUAGGUUUCUCUUUGUUCCGGGCUAAUACUAUUCGACCCUAUCCCACAAUUCAAACGAGAAUUUAGUUCCAAGUCGGUCAGUUUUAUAUCUGAAACAUUAUCAGUUUCUGUCGUUCUUUGAACGAUUCAUUCUUCAAUCUCGCACGUUCUGUUACCGGCAACCUAGAAAUCCGUGCAUCCCUAUAAUCCAAGAUGGCGGCGACCAAUUCAUCGACAGGGCGGCGGUUUAAAGGGAUGUAGAUGUGACGGAGGAAAAUAUAUUGAAAAGUACGUCGUAAAGUAUCUGUAAAAUAAUUUUCCGUUGACAGCUCGAGUUAGACAAAGGGACAUUUUACCCGGUAUAGGUUAAGUUUUCGCGACUCGAUAAUGACCGGUUUGACAUUUGCUGGCUUGGUUUCCGAUGCAGAAAUGGUUCACAAGGACUUAGCUACCAAUCAUUUUCCAAUAUAGCGCGCUGAAAAAGCUCCUCUCCUCAAUUUUGCUGCCGGGCAAAAGCGUUGUUCAUACGGAAGUCGAAGGGCUAUUGAUAGAAAAUGGGCGACCAGGGUCGAUGGAGAAUAUAUUUGGCCCAGUUGAGGGCCAUGCUUAAAAGGAAUUUGCUUUUGAAGAAAAGGGACAGGAGACGAACACUGGCGGAAGUUCUUCUGCCAAUAUACACGUUAGGAGUGUUAUUCCUGAUCAAGAUAGCCAUGCCAAAUCCGAAUUUUCCCGAAAUGAAUCGACCACGAGGUGAAGCUGAACUAUUGGCAAAUUUUAGAAAUUUUAGCCACUCGGUUGCAGUUGUACCUAAUUCUACAGAAGUCCAGGACUUUUUGAGAACUAUCGAUGAUCUCUGGGACAAUAUAAAUGCAAAACAGCAAAGAAGGGUACCACCUAUUGCUUGGGUUAUAUAUCCGAGUAUAGAAGAAUUAUUAACGGCGUACUGGAUGGAACCAAAUGAUAUACCGAUAGCAGUAAUUUUUCAAAAUUCAGAUCCUAUAAAUAACCCGUUGAGCUAUGAAAUACGUACCAAUCCAAAUAUUUAUGGUACUCCAUCGACAACUCAAUUGUUCAGCUCGCCAGCAAAAUGUAGGGAGUACAAUUCGUUUUGGCAGCAUGUGCCUGGAGUACCUACACCGGUACUACCCGAAGCCAUCGAAGUGGGCGAAAGUUGCCCGGUUAAUCAAUAUUAUUACUCUGGUUUCCUCGCUCUACAAGCUUUAAUAGAUUUCACCAAAAUAAAAUUAGAUGCCGGUAUUGAGAAUCUGGAUGUACCCAGUAUCCUACUAGAAAUGUUUCCUAAAUCGUCGUACACCGGAAGCUGGAUGGUGAUAGUUCGUGUUCUAAUUCCAUUUUAUACGGUUAUUGCAUUGUCUCAGUUUAUUACGUACUUACUUAUUCUAAUUGUCGGGGAGAAGGAGAAGAAAAUAAAGGAGGGCAUGAAAAUUAUGGGGCUGUACGACUCGGUAUUCUGGCUAUCUUGGUUUAUUAUAUACGCAAUAUUUGUCUUACUGCUGACAAUAAUUUAUUGUUCUUUAGUUUUUGCUCUGAAUAUUUUUACCAAUACCAGCUUUGGAAUGAUAUUUUUACUGAUUUUUAUGUACUCAUUGAGCAUUAUUAUGUUUGGAUUUAUGAUAACGCCUUUCUUUGACAAGUCUAGGACAGCUGGUAUUUUGGGCAAUUUUGCCGUUACCAUAUUGAGUUUAUUCUAUUUCAUACAAGUAUUUGCUAGAGACUCCAGUUCAAUAGCUCUUUGGAUGGUCUCACUAAUAAGCCCAGCCGGAUUUGCAUUAGCUAUGGACAAGGCUUUACUCAUGGAUCUAGCCGGUCAAGGUGUAAAUUUGUCGAAUGUUUGGGAUGGACCAGACAUGCCGUUUGGCGGAAGCUUGAUUAUGAUGGCGGUUGACGUUGUUUUAUAUGGAUUUAUAGCAUAUUAUUUAGAUAAUGUUGUACCAAGUGAACAUGGUGUUAAGAGAUCGCCAUUUUUUUGUUUCAAUCCAUCAUUUUGGUGUACAAAGCGUCCAGCAAAUAAAAUACCUCUGUCUAAUGGGGAAUCCUUGGGAUCUGUAGGUUCGCUAAACACAGGUGAAGAGGUAUUGACAGAUUUUGAACCUUUACCGAGAGAAAUGAAAGGAAGAGAAGCAAUCAAAAUUGUAGAUUUGUACAAAUCCUUUCAUCAUUUUAGAAAACCAGAAGUUAAGGCCAUCAACGGUAUUAAUCUCACAAUAUAUCAGGGCCACAUUACGGCAAUAUUGGGCCACAAUGGAGCAGGGAAAACUACUUUAUUUAAUAUUUUAACAGGACUUACAGCACCUACUUCUGGAACAGCUUAUAUUUUUGGAUACGAUGUUAGAAAUCAAAAUGAAAUGGAUCAGAUCCGUCGGAUGACUGGAGUGUGCCCCCAACAUGAUAUACUGUUCGAUAAUUUGACACCUAAAGAGCAUUUGGAAUUUUUUGCAAACGUCAAGGGCAUUCCAUCUUCAAAAAUCGAACAGGAAGUUAGUAAGACCUUAAAAGAUGUCGAUUUAACAGAGAAAGCAAACGCAUUUGCGAGGCAUCUUAGCGGAGGACAAAAGAGAAAACUCUCUGUUGGUAUUGCGGUUAUAGGAGAUCCUAAAAUUGUAAUCUUGGAUGAACCCACUGCUGGUGUUGACCCGUAUUCAAGAAGGCAUAUGUGGAAUUUACUGCAAAGCCGCCGACAUGGCAAAAUUAUUUUAUUGACAACACAUUUCAUGGAUGAAGCUGAUAUAUUAGCGGACAGAAAAGCUGUUGUCUCAAAAGGAAGUAUACGGUGUUGUGGAAGUUCGUUGUUCUUAAAAAAUAAGUUCGGAAUUGGUUAUCAUCUAACGUUAGUUCUUGAAGGUAAUCCAAAGGAGCAGGCGAUAGCAAGACUUGUAACUACGCAUGUUCCCAAGGCCGAAAAAGCAAGGAGGCACGGGAGGGAAUUGAGUUUUAUUUUACCCCACAACGCUGUAGAUAAUUUUGCUUCUUUAUUUAGUGCCAUCGAACUGGAAAUUAAUAAUAAAAGUAGUAAAAUAGGUAUUUCGAGUUAUGGAGUUUCAAUGACAACUUUAGAAGAAGUCUUUCUUCAUUUAGAGAAAGGAGAAGAUGAACCUGAUGAAGCAGUAGAAAAUUUGUCAAAAAAGAUUGUACGAAAUCGAGCUCUUAGUCGAAGCUUAAGUUUGCAAAGUAAAAGUACGAGCUAUCAAAGCCUACAGAACGAAGGAAAUAGUUUACUUUCCAAUGGACAAGACUCAAAAGGUGGAGGAGAUGUUACGGAAAUUGGAUGUUUGGAAGCCAUAUCAGAAACUAAAUCACCAAUCACCGGCAUUGGUCUAGAAAAGAUUGAAUGUAAUCCUAACGCAUAUCAAACUAUUUUGGCAUUGGUUAAAUUAAGAACUUUGAGGCUGUGCAGAGAUUUACAGAAACUCUACUUUAUGAUAUUAUUACCGUUACUUUGUGCCGUUUUAAGCUUGUAUUUCAAUAAUUAUUUCCAAAGUGCGGAAAGCAUCAGCAAAUCGCUGGAACUAAAUGGUACGACUUACGAAGGAAUGAGUACGAUUGCGAUUCACAACGAAUCUAGCAGUGACAUUACACAAUUUAUUGAUCAGCUAAUCAACCUAGGCGUACGUCAAAUUGACACAUAUGAUGGCAAUUUUUCAUCUUUAUUAAGUUUUGCUCCACAUCUUGCAGCAUUUAAUAUCUACAGCUUUUCUGACAACGACUACAAAAUUACCAUACUAUAUAACGAUACUUUUCAACAUAGUCUGCCAAUAACGUUAAAUCUAAUAAGCAAUAGUAUUUACAGGUUGUUAACUCCAGAUAAAAUUUUGUACGGAAAUUUUGAGCCGAUUAAAGUUAUGACUCAACCAUUCCAACAAACUAUGCAACCAGAAGGACUCAAUGUAGCUGCUACAACGGCUACCAUUUGUGUCGGUACUGUUUUUGUCAUGAUUCCUAUCAGUCUGGCUAUUGAUUUGGUCUAUGAUAGAGAGAUGAAAACUAAAAAUCAGCUCCGUGUAAAUGGUCUGUCAACUUCUACGUAUUUCUUAACAUACUUUCUGGUAUUGUGCGUAAUAAUGGUUGUGAUAUGUGCAAUUCUGGUCAUAAUAAUGGUAGCCUUUGAUAUUCCCGGAUUGAGGGAGUGGCCCUCAAUUGUUACAUUUAGCGUUUUAAUAUUUCUGUAUUGCCCUUCGUCGAUAUUAAGCUGUACCUGUUUGAGUUACAUAUUUGACAAAACCGAUUCAGCCCAAUCCAUACUACCCAAUAUUGCAACAUUUAUUGGGUGGAUACCUUCAAUUUUUGUUAUCGGUUUAGAUGUGAUGAAUGUUGGUAAACAAAUAGCAAUGAUCCUUCACUGCCUUUUCUCCUUAACGAACACCAUGUACAUACCUUGUGCUAUACUGUACUAUAUUCAGCGCGUAUAUCGCCUGUGUAGCAUAAAUUUAGCCUGUGAUAGACUUAAUUUAGCUAGUUACUGUACACCCGAAAUAAUUAUUUUACUAGUGGGCAUGAUAGUUAAUAUCCCUCUGUGGUUCAUGCUCCUGCGGGUCGUGGAUGUGGUUAAAAGUGGUGGCAGGGCAAGUGAUGCAUUCCAAUUUUUACAAAAGAAUAAAACUGAAGAUAUUAGUGAGAUUAUUGAUUCAGACGUUGGCACAAAUGAGGACCAAGACGUUAAAGACGAAAAAAACAAAGUUCUCAAUCUAACAGCUAUGCACGAUGGGACUCCACCAGUUGUAAUGGUUCAGAACUUAAACAAAGUAUAUAAAAAUCAAACUAAAGGAUCGUCAUGUUGUAAAUUCGAUGACGAAGAAGAGAAAAUUAAGGUUGCUGUAAAAUCGUUAUCAUUAGCGGUAGAUGCUGGGGAAGUUUUUGGAUUAUUAGGUCAUAAUGGCGCUGGAAAGACCACUACAAUGAAAAUUAUUACUGCAGAAGAAGCUCCAACAAGAGGAAAAGUUUAUAUUGGUGGACAAAGUAUAACUUCCAAUCUGAAUUCUGCUUUUCAAUUACUAGGGUAUUGUCCUCAGCAUGACGCCUUAUGGAGAAAUAUAACAGUACGCGAGCAUUUAGAGAUUUAUGCUGCGAUUCGAGGGGUCCCUUAUGAGGAUAUCGAUAGAAUUGUUAAUAACUAUAUAAACGGUUUGCAGAUUCAUGACCACGUUGAUAAGCAAGUGAAACAGUGUUCGGGCGGCACAAAAAGGAAACUUAGUUUUGCCAUGUCUAUGAUAGGAAAUCCAAAAAUAGUGCUGCUCGAUGAGCCCAGUACUGGCAUGGAUCCAAGAAGUAAGAGAUUCCUGUGGGACACAAUACUUGCUAGUUUUCAGGGAUCAAGAGGUGCAAUUUUAACUACGCACUCAAUGGAAGAAGCAGAUGCUUUAUGUUCGAGAGUAGGCAUCAUGGUUAAAGGAGAAUUAAGAUGUUUAGGUUCUACGCAACACUUAAAGAAUCUUUAUGGUGCUGGAUAUACACUAGAAAUGAAACUAAAAGGUGGGGAAUCUACUCCCACUUCAGAAACAGGUGACAGACUGGAACAACUAAAGGAGUUUGUAUUAGAGUUGUUCCCUGAUGCAACGCUACAGGAAACCUUUGUAGAUAGGUUGGUCUUCAGUGUCCCUCAACAAAGUGUUCCAUCUUUAGCUAAUUGUUUUAUGCAACUUGAAAAAGCAAAACUGGAACUAGAAAUUGAAGAAUAUAGUUUUAGCCAAACAACGUUAGAACAAGUGUUUCUGAAAUUUGCCCAGUACGAUGAAGUUAAUGGAGAAUAAAUUUGGCCUAAUAUAAAAUUAAUUACGUGAACUUAUUUUUCUAUAUACUUUUUAGAAACUUAUACAUCUUCUUAUGAAAUAAGUUUGAUGAGGUAUAAAACUACCUUAACGUUCAAAUUGUAGGAUUGCUUUUAAAUUAAUUUUAGAUCGCUUUUCUGUAAAUAUUAUAUUUAUUUAAUCACUAAAUAUGUAUUAAUUGAAUUUGUUGACAAGUGAUUUAGAUUGUAAGGGAAAAACGGUUGGAAUAAAAUUUGUAAAUUGGGGUUAAUGAAGUAAUGUGAUAACCGGUAUGAUGUAUUAUACAAAAUUAAUAAGAAAAUAAACAUGGAAUUUUGAAAUGGAGUUGAUAUGAAUCUAUUAUACAAAGGAUAAAAUUUUAUUUUAAAUAGUUUAGUAAGAUAAUUUUAAUAUUUAAUAUAAGAUUGAUCUUCUUUAUUGUUUUAUAGCUUCAUUUUUUUAACGCAUUGCUUAAAAAAAACAUCGUACUAUCAAGAAGGUUUGAUCAUAAAACAUGUUUCUCAUAUAUUGUGUUGUAAUUUUUUUGUGUGUCAUAUACACUCACUGGCACGAAAUACGGGCACCUUAAAAUUUUGAUGUUCUUUAAAAUUUAACAUAUUUUGUUCUAGUGGGCCAAUUUUGAUGAUUUUUUAAG